AUGAACCGAAGGAUGUACGCCGCCUCAGCCUUCGGAGAGGACAACACCGCGCACAUCACAGGCGGAAACAGCGAGACGUGGCUGAAAGAAAGUGGCAAAGAAGGAGCAGAAGAAGACGACGAAGAGGAAGAGGAGGAAGAAGAGGAUGAAGAAGAGGACGAGGAAGAAGAGGACGAAGAGGAUGAAGAAGAGGAAGAGAAGGAAGAGAAGGAAGAAGAGGAAGAGGAGGAAGCGGAGGAAGAGGAAGAGCCAGGCGAAGAGGACGGAGACAAGGAAGAGGAAGAAGCGGCGGGGGAAGAAGAAGCGGAGGAAGAAGACGAGGAAGAAGAAACGAAGGAAGAGGGAAAAGUUGUUGACAUUACGGAUGAGGACAAAGAAGCAAGAGAGGAUGCAGCAAAUGAAGAACUGGUUGUGAGAAAGCUAGCUCGCCGGAAGGAAGCGCUAGGAAUGGAAGAGGAUGAAGAGCCCCCAUGA